AUGAAAAGCCGUGGGAAGGAUAAACAAGGAAAACUAGCCCAACAUUUUUCAUCAGCUUCACAUAAAGAAGCCAUGUUAGAUUAUUGUGCGUUUACUACUAAAUUUAACAACAUUGAUGUUUUUUUCAAUAAGCAAUUACGGCAAUCUGCUAUACGUGAGAAACAAGAACAAGCAUUUAAUAAAGAUGCAGUCAGUAUUUUGAUAGAUUUAGCACGUACUUUAGCGAGACAAGGGCUUGCGUUUCGUAGUCAUAAUGAAGGUGCAAAUGAAUUACAAGAUGGAAAUUUUUAUCAAAUGGUUCUUUUACUUUCCCGUCACAAUGCAAUAUUAAAAAGAUGGCUUAAUGAUAAAUCUAUGCAUUCUCAUAAAGUGACAUAUCUCAGCAUUAAAUCUCAAAAUGAAUUUAUAGAACUUUUAGCUGCAGAAACACGUAAGAAUAUAGUUGAAGAAGUGUUAACAUCUGAUAUAUUCUCAGUUUUAGCUAAUACCACACCAGAUGUUGCACUUAAGGACCAAUUAUCUGUUUGUUUAAGGUAUGUUGACCAAGGAGGAUCACCAAAUGAACGAUUACUUGAUGUUAUUGAAGUUUCAGAUAAGACUGGAUAUGGAAUUGCAAAAAGUAUAUACGACACUUUGAUAAAACAUAAACUAAAAACUGGAAACAUAGCAUUUCAGUCAUAUGAUUAUGCCAGUAGUAUGAGUGGUGUUAACAAAGGAGCUCAACGUUAUUUUUCUGAGUUAGUUGGACAUAAUGUUUCGUAUAUUCCAUGUCAAGCUCACAGGUUAAAUACCUUCCUAGAACACGGAUGUAAGGCUAGUCUUAUAACUGGAAAUUUCAUUGACAUUCUUGAAAACAUUUAUGUAUUUUUCUCAGCAAGUACAAAAAGAUCAAAAUCUUUAGAGGCCAAAGAACUAAAUGUGUGUGAUGCAGCAGUCUUAAUAAAAAGUACAAUUUCAUCAUUGGAAAAAAUUAGAUUGGAAACAGAAAACAUGGACAAUUUGAUUAACAGUGCUAAAAUUACAGCUCAAUCAUUUGGUGUUGAUUCAGAUACAGACUUUAAUCGUUAUCACCGAAUUAGAAAGAGACCUAAGCGACUUGAUGAAAAUACUGACAAUAGUGCUCCUUAUGAAUUUUCAAAUUUAAAUGUUUUUGUUGAAACAAUUCAACCUAUGUAUAAAAUAUUAAGUGUUCCGUUGAAAGUGAACACAUCACAAGAUUUCAGUGAAGCCUUUUUUCUUUUCCCUCCUAUGAGUCAUGGAUCUAAGCUCUUAGAUUAUGAUGCAGUUGCAGCAGAAUGGGAAAUACUAGCUACCCAAUGUAUCAAUGAAAAUUUAAAAUGUAUAGAUGUCCUUCAAAAAUCAGAAGAAGUAAAACACAUAUUACCUUGUGCUAAUUGGUUUUUCCGCCUUUCAUUUACAUCACCAGUAACAACAGCUUCUAGUGAACGGACUUUUAGUAAAUUGAAACUUAUUAAACAGUGUUUACGUUCUACAAUGACUUCAAACCGUCUUAGCUCGUUGAUGAUAUUGAGUUGUGAAAAAGAUAUUGUCGAUAAAUUAGAUAUAGAUUCUGUUGUCACAAAAUGGUCUUUGGCCAAACAAAUAAGAAUAAAUAUUUAA